GUUGUUCACGCCUUUGGCGUUUUGAAGUAAAUUUUGUUGACCGAUCAAGUUUACAUUGAGUUUUGGGAGUUCUGCAUGUGAGUUUGUGUAGUUUUUUCGCAGAAUGUUACGCUUUACGAGAGGAAGAGGGCGAAAGCCGGACCCUAAAGACAAAAUUGCUCAAGAAUUAUUGUCUUUCGCCAAGACAAUCGAGCAUGGUUUUCCACACAAGCCAAGUGCUGUGGCGUUUGAUAAAGAAAUAGGACUGCUCGCAAUCGGUACAUCGACUGGAUUUUUGAAAAUUUACGGAAAACCAGGUGUAGAAUUAUCUGCAUAUCACACAACAAAAACAAGAAUACAGGAGCUACAUUUUUUGCCCAAACAGGGCAGGGUGAUCAGUGUCUGCGAUGAUGUGACACAUGAUAGCAUUCACUUGUGGGAAAUCAACAAAAAAGAUGGAAAAUCGAUUUUAGAAGAAGUAAAGACAUGCACAUUGCAAGGAAGGCUAAAAAAGAUUGCAGUAUGUUCACUGUCAAUGCGAACAAACAGACUCUACCUUGGUACAGAGGGUGGAAAUAUUUAUCUUUUGGAUAUCAAUUCAUUUGAUCUUCUUGAUCAUAUUAUUUAUCAAGAUGUUGUUAUUCAGGGCGUCCCUGAGGAAUAUCGGACAGUGAAUCCCGGCUCAGUUGAAGCCAUUCAAGAAAAUCCUCAAAACAAGGAGCAGGUUUUGAUCGGUUAUAAGAAAGGUUUGAUGGUCCUGUGGGAUCAUCAGUCUUGCGACCUGAAGCAAUCAUUCUGUUCGAUGCAAGGCUUGGAAAGUCUACACUUUGAUCACUCAGGCGAGAAAUUUGUGAGUUCCCAUGCCGAUGGCAGCCUGACAGUUUGGAACUUACGAGAGGAUGCUGAAAACAAGUGCGAAUCCCCGUGCGAGUCUCCAUGUCCUUUUGGACCUUUCCCAUGCAAAGCGAUCACGAAGGUUUGUUGGUUCGAACCGUAUACCAUAUUCAGUGGUGGUAUGCCCAGGGCGAGUUAUGGCGACAGACACUGUAUUUCAGUUAUAUGUGGUGACUCUACUCAAGCAACGUUUGAUUUCACAUCCAGAGUUGUUGAUUUCUUCAUAAUAUUCAAGAAACGUGAUAAAAACAAACCAAGUUAUUUAGCAGUUCUCUGCGAGCACGAAUUUGUCGUGAUUGAUUUAUUGAAAGAGAAUGGGUAUUCAACAUUCGCAUCACCCUAUUUAUCCUGCCUUCACUCCUCACCGAUCACGUGUUCCCAACAUGUACACAACUGUCCAGAUGAUCUAUGGAAUUUAUUGAAAGAAGCGGGCGCGGAUCAACUGGGAUCAAGUUAUCCUCAGGAGGAUUGGCCAAUCACUGGUGGACGCUCAUUGUUGCCAAGAAACAGUCAGCAUGACGUAUUACUCACGGGUCACGAGGAUGGUUCGGUGCGAUUUUGGGACGUCUCUUCACUCAACAUGAGUCCACUCUACACGAUACAAACGUCCAGGUUUUUCUCUGGCGAUCACGAGCCACCAGAUCAAACGGAUGGCGAGGACGAAGGUUGGCCUCAUCUCAGAAAAGUUGGUCUCUACGAUCCGUACUGUGACGACCAGCGUUUGGGCGUUCAGAAGAUCUACUUUGACGCGGAGGAAAAGAUUUUAGCCGUGGGGGGACAUGGCGGUCAGGUUAUUGUCCUGGAUGUCAACAAUGAAGAGAGAAACGUUGAAAUACAACUUAUUGAUAUAAAUCUCGUGAAAGAAUUCGAAAACUUCAACUGGAAAGGACUUGGUCCGCUCACGCCAAAAUCGGAAGCAAUAAAAGUUAGCAAAGGUUUCAAGCCAACCAUGAUUGUGCAGAUCACGCCUGCGUCUUGUGUGACAGCGGUCGCUUUGAAAACAAAAUGGGGAUUACUUGCAGCAGGGAGCACGCAUGGGUUCUUCCUACUCGAUUACGUUCAAAAAGUUCCGAUUCUACACCGAUGCACGCUUAGUCCUGAUGAUAUGGGGUCCGAAGGUGGUACUUUGGUACGUCGUAGGACAUUGAAAGAAUCUCUGCGAAGGUCGUUUAGACGUUUGAGGAGCGGCAGACGCAGCGGCAGGAGACGUCAAAGUUCCCGGUCGGGUAAAGAUCCCAGGCAGCAAUCUCCGAGCGGGGAAGAAGCCCCCGUACAGAGACUGAUUGACGAGAGUAUCAAAGUCGGAGAAGGGUAUCAAGGACUGGUGCGAUGCUUGUAUAUGGUCGAUACCUUCCUCAAGGAUGGUGUUCACCACGGUCCCUCGUUAUGGGUGGGCACAAAUUCCGGGUAUAUCUACCCCUAUACGAUCGAACUACCCCCGGAAGAUCAGCGACGCACGAACAGCGUUCUGGCGCAUCCGAAGAAACCAGAAAUUCAUCUGAAACACAACGCGCCUGUUAUCACGAUGUUUGUCGUCGAUAAAGAUGGAAACCCCAUCGGUGAAGAUCAUUUAGUUGAAAGCGCUGCUGAUAUGAGUGGCAAUCACUCUAUGAUAAUCUGCUCUGAAGAACAAUUCAAAGUUUUAUCUCUCCCUCAACUUCGAAUAAAACACAAAGAAAAAUUGACCGCAAUUGAUGGAUCAAAAGUCCGGAAACUUGGAGUAAUCUCUUUAAGAAAUCAACAAGGUGAAACAGAUGAGACUUAUCAUUGCCUGGGAUGUUUGAGCAAUCAGGGCGAUCUCAAUGUGUUUGCCUUGCCCAGUUUAAGACCACAGUUGAAGGUGAAUUGCAUAAAACGCGAAGAUCUUCUGGGAAUACAGUCGUUGUUGUUCACAAGACUUGGUCAAGGCUUUUACCUACGAUCUCCUUCAGAAUUACAGAGGUUCACCUUAACUUCAUCGCAAGAGCUUCGACCCGAAUGCGUUCUUAAUUUCUCUCGCGGAGCGCAAGAUACGGAUGAAGAGAAAACUGCGGAACGGGAUGAGAGACUCGCCGACGGCGAAGAUAAUGCAAAUAUAGGAAGUGGUAACGCUCGGGGUUCCAGCGAGGAUAUCACAGGGCAGCAAACGACUGUGGUGAAAUAUGAUAACUCCGUGACUGAACGUGAUGGAAAUGUCGUGAGGACUGAACCAAUCGUUGCGAAGAGUGCAAGACACAGUUCAUCGAGAAGUCAGAAAAGUACAACUACAACAACGACUGUUGUCAAAACGACACAAAGCAAAGUCCUAACGAAUGGUGAUCAUGCAGAGGAAAAUCGUCAUGGCAGAAAGUCAAGUUCGGCGUCAUCUAGCGAUGGAGAGGGGACGACAUUCAAAGCCCCAGGAAAGGCACACAAAAAGGAGGGUCAUAUGGGUGGGGAGUUUGAGAUAAAUGCUCGUUACUAGAACAAUAUUUUCCCACUGAAUUGAGAAGAAAAAGGUAGAAAAAUACAUGGACAGGGCAAGACGUCUCAAAUGGGAGACUAUUAGGAACAUCAAUUAUAUUGCAAGAAAAUAACCAUUUCGUGAACUGGUUUCAACAACACUACCAAAGAACUUACUAGCGUUUUAAGAAAGAUCUCAAUCUUCGAAAUUGAGUGAUUUCUCACGUAGAAAGUACUAAAUUAUAUUCACAAUUUAGUGGAGGCAAAACUUGAAUCUUUAGGUUUUAAAUUGAUGUAUAAUUUUCGAUGAAAUUGUGAACAAACAGUUUAGCAAUUUUUCCAGCGAUUCUUACUUAAAAUGUUUCUGUAUCCAAAGAAUUCAAUAUUUCUGUAUAUUCAUCUUAAUUUAUUUCGCUUGUUCGAAAAGCAAAGUAUUUGGUUUUCAGUUGAAAACCAACCUUCAGUUUUUAUUAGCAAAAAUAACAAUACCUUGUUACUGAAAAAAAGAUAUGUGAGCAUUAACGUUUUGAUUUCCCGCACAGAUUACAUCAGAGGCACUAACUUUGCUCCGUCUAGGAGUGGAAGAUUGAAAGCUGCAUGUAUUUUUUUUAUUUUAAAAUAUUUUAGGUAUUUCUAUGUCAAUUUUACACUGUCAGUUGCUUGCCUCAAAACGAGAGUUAAACUGUAACGUGUUGAACUCUUGUUUUGGUCGCUGAAUUCAUCGAGACUCACAAGAUUAUAGUAUUUAAGAGUUUUCAAAUUUGAAGUUGUAGUUUGGCUGUAAGGUCAGACAUCUAUACCACAUGGAAAUAAUAUACAGUGUAGAAUUUACGUUUAGCUUGAAAAUCACUCUUAAUACAGUUUAGAAAUAAAUUUAGCAGCAAGAUCAA